AUGGGUUCUGACGGCGGCAAGCUGCGUCCGAAAAAAUGUCCGAUGGUAUUACUAUUUGAGCUACAGGUACAAGCUCAAAGCCAGACUGCUCGUGUUUGGGAUCACGGUGACGUCGCUCUCUUAGAGCUGGAAACGGAUAUUGACACCAGUGAUGAUCUUGGAAAGCGAGUAUGCCUCGAAGCCAGGGGCUUGACACUGAAAGAGCCGAUGCUCGCUUUUGGAAUGGGAGACGGAGAAAAAGCCAAAGUUCAAGAAGCCAUUUUACGUGCCGAAUGUCUUGAUGAACAAGACACCUUCUGCGGUCGCGGAAAAGCCACGACUAAGGCAAAUAUCCUU